GCUACACUCAACAGAAGUGAGGAAAAGUACAGUCAGACGCUUUUAAUUGAUGCUUUAAAAACCUUUCAUGCACGACCUCUUACCUUAAAAAAACAUCUUUGUUAAAACCCGGCAAACAGUACGUCAGUUCCUGUAUGUUUUAGUCCCUUGAAAUACAAAAACAAGUUAUCCUUCUGGAAUGGAUAUCUGUUGCUCAAUAGAAUAUUCAUGUUUUCAACAGGUUUAAGGUUCCUUUUAAAUAUAUUUAAUAUGAACAAGCUGAAAACGUUGCCUAAUUAAUUUCUUAUUCUGGGAGGAAAAUAAUGCACCUGGCCCUUUAAGAAUAUGAACGACGGUUCCUCGGUCUCCGAGUAGGUUGUUCUCCUCUUAUGAUCUCGCGAUAGCUUCACAUCAGUGGCGGCUGUGUGGCCCCCUGUCUCAGUCCGGACGGAGUUGUUUCUGACGUUUGAAUGAAAAACAGUGCAAAUUACCUCCACUUUGGACCCAGGAAAUAAUGGCUUCAGCCUUGGAGCAGUUUGUGAACAAUGUGCGGCAGCUCUCCGCUCAAGGCCAGAUGACUCAGCUGUGUGAGUUGAUCAACAAGAGCGGGGAGCUGCUGGCCAAAAAUCUGUCCCACCUGGACACAGUGCUGGGGGCCUUGGACAUCCAGGAGCACUCCCUCGGAGUGUUGGCCGUGCUAUUUGUGAAGUUCUCCAUGCCAAACAUCCCAGAUUUUGAGACGCUCUUCUCCCAAGUCCAGCUCUUCAUCAGCACCUGCAAUGGGGAGCACAUCAGAUAUGCAACAGACACUUUUGCUGGUCUCUGCCACCAGUUGACAAACGCCCUCGUGGAGAGGAAACAGCCAUUGAGGGGUGUCGUCAUCUUAAAACAGGCAAUAGACAAAAUGCAGAUGAACACAAACCAACUUACCUCAGUUCAUGCAGACCUGUGUCAGCUGUGCUUGUUAGCAAAGUGCUUCAAGCCCGCCCUGCCCUUCUUGGAGAUGGACAUGAUGGACAUCUGCAAAGAGAACGGAGCCUACGACGCAAAGCACUUUUUAUGUUACUACUACUAUGGCGGCAUGAUCUACACGGGCCUGAAAAACUUUGAAAGAGCACUGUAUUUUUAUGAACAGGCAAUAACCACUCCAGCCAUGGCAGUGAGCCACAUCAUGUUGGAAGCCUAUAAAAAAUACAUUCUAGUGUCACUCAUUCUCCACGGCAAAGUGCAGCAGCUGCCCAAAUACACCUCACAGAUAGUAGGGAGGUUCAUCAAGCCCCUGAGCAACGCAUAUCACGAGUUAGCUCAGGUUUACACCACCAACAACCCAGCGGAGCUGCGCAACCUGGUCAGCAAACACAGCGAGACCUUCACACGAGACAACAACACAGGCCUGGUCAAGCAGUGCCUCUCCUCCCUCUACAAGAAGAACAUCCAGAGGCUAACGAAGACUUUCCUGACGUUGUCUUUGCAAGACAUGGCGAGUAGAGUGCAGCUUUCGGGUCCACAAGAAGCAGAGAAAUACGUCUUACACAUGAUUGAAGAUGGUGAGAUCUACGCUAGUAUUAACCAAAAGGAUGGUAUGGUCUGCUUCCACGAUAACCCUGAAAAAUACAACAACCCAGCAAUGCUCCACAAAAUUGACCAAGAGAUGUUGAAAUGUAUAGAGCUGGAUGAGAAACUAAAGUCUAUGGAUCAAGAAAUUACAGUAAACCCACAAUUUGUGCAGAAGAGUAUGGGAUCGCAGGAAGACGAUGUUGGGAAGCCGGAUGCUGUGACUACCAUGAGUCCCGCAGGCUGCCCCCAUGUCAACGGCUUCAAAGUGGACAACUGGAAGCAGAACCUGAGGCUCAUUUAUCAGUGUUUCGUGUGGAGUGGUUCCGCUGAGACCAGAAAACGCAAGGCCAAGUCAUGUAUCUGUCACAUGUGUGGCGCCCACCUCAACCGGCUCCACUCCUGCCUCUACUGCGUCUUCUUCGCCUGCUUUGCCAAAAAGCAUAUCCACGAGCAUGCCAAGAGCAAGAGGCACAACCUGGCAAUCGACCUGCUGUACGGCGGAAUUUACUGCUUUAUGUGCCAAGACUACAUUUAUGACAAAGAGAUGGAGCAGAUUGCCAAAGAGGAGCAAAGGAAGGCCUGGAAGCUGCAAGGCAUAGGGGAAAAAUACUCGACGUGGGAGCCCACAAAGAGGGAGCUGGAGCUGCUUCGCCACAAUCCCAAAAGGAGGAGAAUCACCUCCAACUGCACAAUCGGCCUGCGUGGGCUGAUAAACCUGGGCAACACGUGCUUUAUGAACUGCAUCGUCCAGGCGCUGACGCACACCCCGCUGCUACGCGACUUCUUCCUGUCUGACCGGCACAAAUGUGAAAUGCAGAGCAACUCCUGCCUGGUGUGCGAGAUGUCGCAGCUGUUCCAGGAGUUCUACUCAGGCCACCGCUCGCCCCACAUCCCCUUCCGCCUCCUCCACCUAGUGUGGACCCACGCCCGCCACCUGGCCGGCUACGAGCAGCAGGACGCCCACGAGUUCCUCAUCGCCGCGCUGGACGUCCUGCACAGACACUGCAAGGACGACAACGGGAAGAAAGCCAACAACCCAAACCACUGUAACUGCAUCAUCGACCAAAUCUUCACAGGGGGCCUGCAGUCUGACGUCACCUGCCAAGUCUGCCACGGUGUGUCAACAACCAUAGACCCUUUCUGGGACAUCAGCCUGGACCUACCGGGCUCCUCCACACCCUUCUGGCCCCUCAGCCCCGGAGGGGAAUUAUCGGCGCUCAACGGGGAGAGUCACACCUCCGGAGCCACGACACUCACAGACUGCCUGCGAAGGUUCACCAGACCAGAGCACCUCGGCAGCAGCGCCAAGAUCAAAUGCAGCGGUUGCCAUAGUUACCAGGAGUCCACCAAGCAGCUGACCAUGAAGAAACUGCCCAUCGUGGCCUGCUUUCACCUUAAAAGGUUUGAGCACUCGGCCAAACUACGGCGGAAGAUCACAACGUACGUCUCCUUUCCGCUGGAGCUGGACAUGACCCCCUUCAUGGCCUCGAGUAAAGAAAGCCGGAUGAACGGGCAGUACCAGCAGACCGUGGACCCAUUCAACAACGACAAUAAGUACAGUUUGUUUGCGGUGGUUAACCACCAGGGGACGCUAGAGAGCGGCCACUACACCACCUUUAUCCGGCAGCACAAGGACCAGUGGUUCAAGUGCGACGACGCCAUCAUCACCAAGGCCAGCAUCAAAGACGUGCUGGACAGCGAAGGGUACCUCCUGUUCUACCACAAACAGUUCCUGGAGUACGAGUAGUCCGAGGGUGGAGCUCGUGGAGGAUGCAAGAAAUGGCCGCACCAAGGGGGAAAAAGGUGAAGAGUGAGAGCCUGCUCACUCUGCAGCUCUCACUCGUACAUGGAAAUCCCCUCACACUGCUAAAAAAACAGAUCCAGGAAAAAGCAAAACACACGAACCCACUCCAAAAACUCCUCACGCAGAGGGGAGAUUCGCAUACACGCCGAUAUCUCACUGGAAUUCAGGGCAUGAAGAAAGAAGAAGCUGUGAUAUUCUGCACUCGCUUUCACAAAAUGGAGGAAUAGAGUCCCACGCUGCCGUUUUUUUAUGAUUUUUUUCAUUCCUUUCAUCGGGCAAAGACAUACGAGCCGGGGAGGUUUUAUUUGAUCCCAAAUGCUGGCGUUCGCCCACGUCUGGCUCCAUGCUCGUCCAGCUCAGCACGUUAACAUCCACAAAUGCAAAUAAGUGGAGCCGCAGCCCCCCCCCCUCACCCCACCGUGUCUGCAAAGACUCAAACUGACAACCCUCUGGACCCGAGCACAUGUUUCUGCACCAAAACAAAAAAUUCCCAGAAUGAAAGUUUUCCUGCGUACUUUUGACUUUUCUUUCUGUUGAGCAUGAAACUGUGCUGGGGAAAAAAACGACUGCCAGACCAACAGUAUUCUGGAGAAUGAUUCUAUUAAUUAGUCAUUAGUUGGUAGUCGUCACACACAGCAGAUACUUCCAGAAAAGUUUCUCCAGUUGAGGCUGUGUUGUUCCCCACCUCUCUCUCUCUCUCUCAGCUUCCAAAAGUCGAAGACAGGAAAUAGAUUCACAGUGAAUAUUAUAUUUUUAUACAUCUUGCUAUUAAAAGGUCUGUUUACGUUUUUCUUUUUUUUUUCUUUUCUUUUCUCCUCCUUAAACUCUCACGUUU